UAUACCUCACAUGCCGAGCCUUACCCCACUGGGUUUUUUCUGACAUAACCUCAAAAAUUUGCUUUUUCCGGCGUCUCUGAGGGAGGAAAAUUGAGGAAAUUCCGUGAAAAACAAAGUGAAAUAAUGGGAAUUUUGGGUUUAUCAAAGCUAAUUGCGGACCUUGUGCCCACGGCAAUUAAGGAAAAUGAAAUUAAAAAUUAUUUCGGCAGGAAAGUGGCUGUUGAUGCAUCAAUGUGCCUGUAUCAGUUCCUAAUAGCCGUACGGAGUGAAGGGGUACAGUUGACAACUGUUGAUGGCGAGACAACGUCCCAUUUGAUGGGAAUCUUCUACCGGACAAUUCGUCUUCUGGACAAUGGCAUUAAGCCGGUGUACGUGUUCGAUGGGAAGCCCCCAAAUCUCAAAGGGAGUGAAUUGCAGAAGCGUGCUGAACGUCGUGAGGAGGCACAGAAGCAGCUGGAUAAGGCAAUAGAGGCGGGGGAUCAGGAGGCAAUGGAUAAAUUCAAUAGGCGCCUCGUGAAGGUGACAAAAGAACACACAGCUGAGGCAAAGGAGCUCCUUAAGCUCAUGGGGGUCCCCUUUAUUGAGGCCCCAUGCGAGGCAGAAGCCCAGUGUGCUGCCAUGGUGAAGGCAGGGAAGGUCUUUGCAACGGCCACUGAGGAUAUGGAUGCCCUGACAUUUGGGUCAAGCCUCCUACUGCGGCAUCUCACAUCCAGUGAAGCCCGGAAGUUACCUGUGCAGGAAAUUAACUACGAACGCGUUCUCCAUGGAUUGGAAUUCACUGCUGAUCAAUUUAUUGACUUGUGCAUCCUCCUGGGGUGCGAUUACUGCGAAAGUAUCAAGGGAGUUGGACCAAAGAGGGCUAUUGAGCUGAUAACGCAACAUAAGAACAUCGAAACAAUCCUCGAGAAGAUUGACAAGAAGAAGUAUCCCGUUCCGGAGGAUUGGAACUACGAUCAAGCACGAAAACUCUUCAAAGAACCCGAAGUUCAGGAUCCACAAACAGUUGAGAUGAAGUGGACAGAUCCAAAUGAGGAAGGAAUCGUGGAGUUCCUCUGUGGGCAUCGUCAAUUCAACGAAGAACGCAUCCGUUCGGGUGUGCAGAAGAUCAAGAAAUCCAAAUCAAUGGCAACUCAGGGACGUCUUGACAGCUUCUUCAAGGUUCUCCCCACAACAUACGCAACGAAACGUAAAGCUGAUGAACCCAAGAAAGGACAAGCAGGGAAGAAGGCAAAGACAACUCCUGCAAAAGGUGGGAAAAGGAAGUAAAACAAAUGGGCAAAAUCUCUUUGAAAAAAAAAUCAUUUUUUACAACUUCCGGACAUUCUUUUACAUUUCCUGCAACAUAUAUUGCUUUGCAAGUGCCCGGAGGAAUUUCAUUUUACGAUUAUUUGCUGCUUCUCUCUUGAUUUCCUCAUUGUUAUUGGCAUUUAGCUCCAAUUGACUCAUGUAAGAGAUCUAAAAAGAAGAGAAAAUAAAUAAAAGUUAAAGAUUUUUGAAUA